AUGUAUUCAUUCAUACCUGACAGUACUUUUCCUGUCACACUAAACACCGAGGACAUUAUAAACAUACAAAAUCUAUACGGCGCUACGGAUACCGACGUGUUACCGAAAACGACUCCCAGACCGCCACCACCACCACCGCCACCGCAGCCAACACCAAGCGUUCCACCGGAUCUGUGCGCCUUGAAACGUGUUGAUGUGAUAUUACUGUUGGAACAACGAAUGUACGUAGCGUACGGAAAACACAUAUGGAUGAUUGACAUAGAUGGAAAGACCUACAGAGAACCUCUGCUGCUUUCACACUACAUGCCAUUCAUUCAUUCAAACUUCACGUGCAUUUCAGCCGCGUAUCAAACUCCAUACGAUCACUUGAUUCUAUUCGUUGACGAUAGAAUCUAUAAAGUGAACUACCCAGACUUCACGCUAGUACCAACUUGGCCGAGAACUCUCAAAGACUUUGGAAUUCCUAUGGAUGCAAAAAUAGACGCUGCCGUGAACACUAACAAAGGAAAGUCUUACGUGUUAUACAAUAGAUAUAUCGUCGGUGAGAUAGACGACUGCUCCGACAGCAUUAGCAGGUUUCACACCAUUGAGUCGACUUUUCCUGGCAUACCAAACGGAGUGACGUCAGUCUUCAGAUACCUCGACGGUAAUCUGUAUUUCACAACUCGACGACAAUUUUACAAAUUCAACGAGUUUACGAAAACUGUACUAACGGCAGGUACAUUCGAUCUACGAAUCGUUAACGUUGUUUGCCCGCGAGACGAACUGUUUCAACAAUUGCGCGAUCUCCUAUAUCGACUCACGCGAACAAACAACAACAGCAACAACAUCGAUGACGACAACGACGAUUCAGAUUCUUAA